AUGGAGAACUUGUGCAAUAGGCUUCUUCCUUGGGAAAAGACCACCAUUCUUGGCUGUCAAGAGAACUCUAGAGAAAUUUGGGCUUCUUAUGGCCUCACUGAGGUUAUGACAUCCGGCCAAGGUGUGUUUAUUCUUAAGUUCCAAGACUUUGAUGGAGUUUCUAGAGCGGUGGAAGAGGGACAACUAACCAUUGCAGGGCAGCUGUUUCUUGUUAGGAAAUGGACCACUAACCUCCCCAUGUUGAUUAAUGACGUCAAGAAGGUGGCUACUUGGGUUAGAAUGUAUGGCAUUCCUCUUGAGUUUUGGACUCCAAAAAGCCUUAGCUACAUAGCAAGUGCUAUUGGAACUCCACUUUAUGCGGAUUCUAUCACUGAAGAAGGGACAAGGCUGGAUUAUGCAAGAAUAUGCAUUGAGAUCAAAGUGGAUGCUGAAUGCCCUGACUCCAUUUGCUUAACAUUGUCGAAUGGUGAAUGUAUGGUGAUCAAUGUAGAAUAUAGUUGGAAACCUCUAAAAUGCAAUGUUUGCCAAUGUUUUGGACACUCCACAUCCUACUGUUCUUUUGCUUCAAAGCUAGAAGGCAGCUCAUCCUCAUGGAAAAUUUUGAAGGAUAGGGCCGGAACGGUGGUGGCUAAGAAACAAAAUGGGAAAGAUAACAUAAUGCAAGAGGCAAAAGGUUAUGACAAGAAGGCAAAAGGCAAAGGGGUGGAGAUACAAAAAUCGGUGGUAAUUACUCAUAAGAGUAAUAGAUUCUCGGUGUUAGCUAUUAAAGAGUCCCAUGAGCAAGACAAAACCAGAAUAGUGAUGCAUGAGAAGGGGAAUUUGGAGAGAACCACUGAUGAAGUAUAUAUGGAAGGAAAGAAAACGGUGAAUAUAGCCAGCACCUCUAAGACUUGUCAAUUCACGGGAGCAAGUGGCAAUGUUCUAGAGUGUGAUGAAACUCCCAUAAGUGUUGUGGAGGAUAUGGAUAAUGAAGCCUCUCCUACAAUAGUCCCAUUUGGUGGAAAGCUGAAGGUGGAUGAGAUGGAUCUAAGGAAGAAGGAUGUUGAUUUGAAGAGUAUGAAUUUGGGGAAGAAAUUGGCAAAGCUAAAGAAAGCAAAUUGCCCUCUCCCAUUGUCCAAAUGA